UGGAGAUCGAAGAGAACAAGACUCGACGCAGCACGGCAGCUACUUUCUCGCUUGCCCGGCAUGGCGGACACAAACGGCUCCUCGCUACCGGACGAGCCUCCCACGAUACUCUACCUUGGCCAGCAUGAAUCGCAGCGCUCACAUCCUGUCAGCAGCAAAUUGCUAGGUCAAGCACAAUUGGCCGGCUACCAUCUCCUGACUGCGCCUUUAACCACCUCGCGUUUUCACUCGCGUGUUCUCGCCACUCUCGAGCAUCACGUGCGGCAAUUGAAGGAAUCGUCACGCCCAGAUCAUCUUCCCCUUCCUGCACUCUCGCCACUACUGCCUGAGGAUACAGAUCUCACGCCAGAGGACAGCAACAGUGCUUUGAUAGGGGUCGUCAGUCCAUGGAUCGACCUGGGCUCUCCCGAUCCACUGGUUGCGAAGGUCAGUCGUCAAGUCUUCGCUCUCGAGUUGGCAUAUGCUGCAUUCUGCGGCUUGAGCAAUGUCCUUGUCCAUGGGCCCAUUCAAGGGUCGAAUGUCGUGCAAUACUCGCGAGCUGUUCUGGAAGCAUUGAGUCUUGGGCCAUAUCUCCACUUACAAGUUAUAUUGCCGACUACGGGAGAGUUGGAGCUGGAAGGAGCGGACGGUGUUCACCUCGCAGAGCUUGCCACGGAGCGGUACGCUGCGCACUUUAGUGACGAUGAGGAUGAGACACCCGACGAACCAGACCAGUUCGACAGCUGGGAGCAAUGGAACACCAUCAGAACAAUCUGUGGGUACAGCUCAAAGCUGACAGUAGCUCUCGAAAUCCCUCGGCAACUGCCUGCUUUGACCUUGCAGUCCCGUUGGUAUUCUGAACCCGUACGAACGCUUGUACUUCCCAGAACAAGCUUCCUCAGGAACACCAAAGGUUUCCCGGUGCUGUCUAAAGCACAUCAGAAGCUGCUCAGCAGAUUUUUGCGCCUACGAUACCCACCAUGGGUACUGCUGGCAGAUGUGGAUCCCAUUGAGACAUCGGACAGCUUCGCGACGAAGAGUGCACCAGAACCUACUCCUGCAGAAGCCGCGCGAACGUCCAAGGACAGUCCGCCAGAUCCCAUCGCACAUCUUCGCUACCUCCGCCACCUACAGCAAACACAACCUGCAAGACCACCCAUCGAGCGGUUUGGGCAGGGAUACCAGGACUACGUCCAGUCACCGCUGCAGCCUCUCACCGACAACUUGGAGUCUAUUACAUACGAGGUCUUCGAAAAAGAUCCUGUCAAGUAUGAGUGGUAUGAGCGUGCCGUAGCUGCUGCUUUGAAAGACCUUGACAGCAAGCUCGGCGGUAGUAGACCCAUCGUUUGCGCGGUCGUCGGGGCAGGACGAGGCCCACUUGUGACUCGUGUGUUGCGCGCGAGCAAAUCAACUGGCAUUGCUGUUACGCCUUGUGCCGUCGAAAAGAAUCCGAAUGCGCACGUACUCAUACAACGUCGAAACGCCACUGAUCCGCUCUGGAACAAGCGAGUGCUCAUCUACAAGUCUGACAUGCGCAGCUGGCCCGGCCCGACAAUUGAUGGUGAAGUCCAAAAAGUCGACAUCAUGGUGUCGGAGCUACUUGGAUCCUUCGCAGACAAUGAGUUGAGUCCGGAAUGCUUGGACGGUGUACAGCACGUUCUUCAUCCAGAGCAUGGUAUCAAUAUACCACAAUCAUACUCCGCCCACUUUAACCCAAUCUCAACCCCAAGGCUGUACGGCGACCUUCUCCAACGUGGUGGCGAGGAUAAAUGGGAGCUGCCUGCCGUGGUCAUGCUACACCAAUACGACGAUCUCUGCCGAACGCCUUCACGCGCAGGCAUUGCUUCCGCAGCAGUCUUCUCCGAACUCCUUCCAGACGUCAAAGACGCCUGGGUAUUCUCCCACCCCCUCCCCUCAUCAAUCCUCUCCCACGCAGAAAACCGUGCCGGCGGCACCCUCGACGCCGGCAGCUGGACCGGAGGCGACGGCAAAAACGAACACAACACUCGAUCCUGCAAAGUCACAUUCAAAACCCAGGAUCGCGGCGUCUGUCACGGUCUCGCAGGAUACUUCGAGACAGUCCUCUACGCACCCACCGACGGCAGCAAAGCUAUCGAACUCUCUACCAACCCGAUCACCAUGGGAGAUAAGAGCAAGGAUAUGAUUUCUUGGUUCCCGAUUUUCUUCCCGCUGAAAACUCCGAUUUUCGUUCCCGGCGGAAGUGAGAUUGAGGUUAGUAUGUGGAGGCAGACGGAUGAUAGGAAGGUUUGGUAUGAGUGGUAUGUUGAGGUUUUUAAUCAAAUGGGGGGUAAGAAGAGGGCGAAAAUUGUGGAGAGUGAGAUUCAUUCGAGUAGGAAGAAUGGAUGCUUGAUGUGAUAGCAGGGUCACUGCAGACUCUGUGAUUUGUCGAUGUGCUUCAUGGCCGUCACGCCUGCGGUGCAGACAUAUUUGAAACAGUUGGGACUAUACCCAUGAGCCUGGAAAGAAAAUCAAGCAGGUAGACGUAUGAUCAAUGCAUUCGUGUCAUGUCC